AUGGAGCUACCAUCAAUCGGCGACCAGCCCCGUCGGUCUGCAUGCGACCGCUGCCGUGCCCAAAAGCUGCGAUGCGAGCGUCUGAGCGCGACAGUGGAAGACAUCUGCCGCCGUUGUAUGAGGGCAGGCACCCGCUGCCUCACCACGUCUGCGCGUCGACAUAGCAAGGAAGCGACAAUCAGGGGCACGCAUCUGGACCCAUUGGGCGCCUUCUCCGCAUCUUUCACACCCAGACCUGAAGCUUCGGACAUGGCCGUAGGGUUAGCGGCUCCAGAGAUCACAGGCCAUGAGCCCCGGGAGGGUCCGAAAGAUCCGCAUGGGUUCACCUUCGGCGAUGCGACCAUCGACGCCAUGCUCCAGGAGCCUCAACCCUUACCAUCCCCGCCGGGCUCAGGGUACGCCGCUCAACCGCCGAUGCCGACCGAGAUGCUGAUGCAUCUGCCGCCCUCGCCGCUUGGCUCGCCAGACCUUUUCAAUCUCGCGCAUGUCGAGAUGCCAGUCCAGACAUCCGACAGUUUUGCGCCGAACCCUCUCGUUGUCACAUCGCCCAUUCCCGAGUUCAUGGAUAUGACCUCUCAGAACGCCCGAAGACCUCAGCGACGUUCGACGCACCAGCAGGAUGUGGGGUUAUUGUCCAAUCAUCCCGUCAACUGGAACCAGCGAUUUGCUCAAAUAAGUGCUGGUCUCCUUGCCGACUUGAGCCUCCUUGAAUCGGGAAGGGUGGCUGGCACAAUCCUCUUUGCAACGCCGUCAAACCACAUCUCGGGAUCGAUAUCGGCGCCAUCAUACAUAGAUUCAAACCAAAGCGACUGUGCGCACUAUGCGGUCGGAAGGAUGAUACAGAGUGCAGAAGACCUACUCCGCGCUCUUCGGGAACUGCGAGUCCGAUCUGGUAGUAGACCUACCUGGCCCUCUACCGGCAGCCUGGGUGCGAAUCUGGACGCAGCGAAUGAAGUGGAAUGGACUGGAGACGAUACGGGGCCGCUUUGGCGCCCUUGCCGAGCGUCGACGUCCGCGGCUACUACAGCCGGCAUGGAGCUGGGAGAUAAUCAACAGGACAGCCAGCCUGUUGACGGUCUCUUGGUAUUGCUCAUCAUGACCUGCCAUACGACUCUGAUGCGCAUUUGCAAAGGGGUCUUCUCUAUGAUCUGCGAUUCCUUGUCGACAGCAAGCACGGGAGCCUCUUUCGAGCCUAUCCUGCCCACGGUCCAACUGGACGGCUUCAAGGUUGCGGGCGCAAAAGCUCUCCAGAUACGGAUCUUGCUCCAGGUGACCAGGCAUUUUUUUGAUCAGCUUGACGAAGCGAUGCGAGAAAUAAAACUUGAGACGAGCGGUCAGGUCGAUCCCGGCAACUUGAAGGAUGCAUUUCACACACUCGGGAUCGCCGAAGGGGGGAAGGUUGAGGAGAAGAUGCGGGAGUCGAUAAUGAAGAUCUGCAAAGAUAUACAGGGUUACCUCGGCAGCAGUGAGGAUCCAAGAUAG